AUGAAGUCGAAAGAUGCUCCAAUCAAGUGUCGGUCUGCUCCAUCGUCCUCAAACGCUCACCCGGAAGAAGCUGAGGUGUGGACCCUCCGCGAGCGCAGCACAGCGUCCCCUAGAGGCUUCGUGCAGACGGACAGCCCCAACUUCCUGUGCAGCAGCCUUCCUCACCACUGGCGGUGCAACAAGACCCUGCCCAGGGCCUUCACCGUGCUGGCCCUGAGCGGGGACGUUCCGGAUGGCGUGGCGGUCACCGUGAUGGCCGGCAACGAGGACAACAGCAGCGCCGAGCUGCGUAACGCCACCGCCACCAUGAAGCAGGGACGCGCUCACUUCAACGACCUGCGCUUCAUCGGCCGCAGCGGCAGAGGAAAGAGCUUCACCAUCAGCGUCAACGUGCUGACCACGCCCCCUCAGGUGGCCACGCUGCAACGGGCCAUCAAGGUGACCGUGGACGGCCCGCGGCUGCCCAGACGGCAGCGUCAGAGAGAGGCGGGAGCUUUUAGGACUUCCAGGUGCGGCGAUGCAUUUUCAGAUUGCAGACCGCUGACCUCCUCACUGUGGGCCGGCGAGGCGUCGUUGUUUGGUCACAUGACCGCCCUGACGUCUUCCUUCACGCCCAAUCCCAGAAGGCACCACAUGUACACCGCCCCGCCCCCAGCCUACACGUCCUACCUGUCCCCAGCUCCGCCCCCUCCACUCAGCCACAGUGGGCCGUUCUACUACGGCUCCAACCAACCCACCCAGACUGCGGAGGACGGCGCGGUCACAUUGACUAAUUACAUCGAAGGGGCGUGUCUUUUCCACAGAGGGGAGGAGCCUGUCUGGAGACCUUAUUGAUGUCCCUCAAUUAUGAUAUCUUCUUCUUUUUACUUCCUAUUUUCUAUUUCAUUUACUUGCGUGUCGUGAAUAAUAAGGAAAUAGGUGUUUUUUUUCUUUUCCAUAAAUGAUUAUUUAUUUGAAAAUGUUUAAAAAAAUAAGUAAGCUUGUCAAUUUACACAGGAACAUGAAUAUUAUUAAUUACUUUUUGUUCUAUUUACUUUCUGUUUUCUAUCUUAUUUACUUGUAUGUCGUGAAUAAUAAGAAAAUUAGUAGUUUUCCAUUUCUCUAUAAACAACUGUUCAGUGUGAAAUGUUCGAAAUUUAGUAUGCUCCUCAUUUUACACUGGAAUAUGAAUAUGUUUUAAGCCUAAAGUUUAAAUUGGUGCCUUAAGUCCCAGGUGUCAAACUCAAGGCCUUUGGCCCGCUAAAUCAUUUUAUGUAGCCCGCAAAAAAAUGAAAUUAUUAUUAUUGUCUUUUUACUAAACAUAUUGAACCUUUAAUUUUGACAGAAGACAAUAAAUGUGCUGCAUGGAAUUUUAUACAUAUAAAGCUUGAUCUAAUAUAGCAACAAAUAUAUUAUCAUACAUUCCAAACAUUUUUUGUUACAAAAAAAUUAGUAAUUAAAUACUUACUUGACCCAUGAUUUUAAAGCAAGUUAUCCAUCAAACUUAAACUGUAAAUAUGGUCUCUACGGUAAGAAAAACGAUAACCCAGUUGCCAGAAAAAGCCAAAAAAGCUUUGGUACAGUUUUUUCUUCCCAUUUAGAUGCAGUAAAAAACACCAAAAUGUCAGUUUUUACUGUAAAAUUUACAUAUUUUUUUUAAUAGUGUACAUAAAAACACAUCAUUAAUGGAUACCUGUAUACAUUCAUAUAUCAUUUACUGUCACGAGGGGCCUUUAGAGUGCACCAAUGUACAGAUUUUUUACAGUGAGCAUAACAAAUAUAUAUAAAUAAAUAUAUAAUUUAAUAUAUUUAUAUAUUAUUUACUUUUACAAGCAGCCUUCAGAGUGCACCAUAAUGUCAGUUGUUUACUGUAAAAUUUACAGAUUUGUUUUACAGUGUAAAUAAAUAUAUCCAUCCAUCCAUUUCUAACGCUUAUUCCCUUUUGGGGUCGCGGGGGGCGCUGGCGCCUGUCUCAGCUACAAUCGGGCGGAUGGCGGGGUACACCCUGGACAAGUCGCCACCUCAUCGCAGGGCCAACACAGAUAGACAGACAACAUUCACACUCACAUUCACAGACUAGGGCUAAUUUAGUGUUGCCAAUCAACCUAUCCCCAGGUGCAUGGUUUUGAAAGUGGGAGGAAGCCGGAGUACCCGGAGGGAACCCACGAAUUCACGGGGAGAACAUGCAAACUCCACGCAGAAAGAUCCCGAGCCUGGGAUUGAACCCAGGACUGCAGGACCUUCGUAUUGUGAGGCAGACGCACUAACCCAUUUUCCACCGUGAAGCCCUAAAUAAAUAUAUAUAAUUGAUAAAUAAAUCUAUAUGAUAUUUACUGCAGAGGUGUCCAAACUUUUAGACUUGGAGGACGCAUUGGGCUAAAAAAGAAUUUGGCCAGGGGCCGAAAGCAGACUGCAUGUUAACAAUAAAUACGU